AUGGCGAUCACAAAGCUUGCGUUCGUGGCCGCCGUCGCCGUCCUGCUUCUGCAGGCGCCGUCGUGGUACCCGCAGGUGUCGGCCCAGGGUGGUACGCCCGCGGUGAUGACGGUGAACAGCUUCGAGAGGGGCGGCGACGGCGGAGGCCCGUCGGAGUGCGACGGGCACUACCACAGCGACGAGGACCUGAUCACGGCGCUGUCCACGAGGUGGUACGCGGGAGGGAAGAGGUGCUUCAAGCCGAUCCGCAUCACGAGCACGCAGACCGGGCGCACCGUGGAGGCAACGGUCGUGGACGAGUGCGACUCCCACCACGGCUGCAAGAACAACAUCGUCGACACGUCCCAGGCCGUCUGGGACGCGCUCGGGCUCGACUCCAACAUCGGCGAGGUUCCCGUCACCUGGUCCGACGCCUAA